GUAUUAUUGUAGAGAUAGAUUUGCUUAAUUCAAGCCCAGCCUUUUACAUCCCAUCUCUGUUCUUUCUCUCUCUAAAAAUACUCUGUUUGAAAAACUCUUUCUUAGGGUUUUCACAAGCGCCGCUUUUGGACAAUCUCGAUCCGAAGGAGAAGUAAUAUCUCAUUUCGUUCGUUUUUCGGGGAUACGAUGGAAGUUACCCAGGUUCUUCUAAGUGCACAAGCUAUAGAUUCGACCGUGCGGAAACAUGCUGAAGAUACUUUGAAGCAGUUUCAGGAGCAAAAUCUUCCUGGUUAUCUAUUAUCCCUUUCUGGAGAGCUUGCUAGUGAAGAAAAGCCAGUUGAAAGUCGAAAACUGGCAGGUUUGAUCCUCAAAAAUGCUUUGGAUGCCAAGGAACAACACAGAAAAUACGAGCUUGUUCAAAGAUGGUUGUCAUUAGAUGUCGCUGUGAAGAGCCAAAUCAAGGCAUGUUUGUUACAAACCCUCUCCUCUCCCGUACCUGAUGCUCGGUCAACUGCUUCACAAGUCAUUGCAAAAGUUGCAGGCAUCGAGCUUCCGCAGAAACAGUGGCCUGAGCUGAUAGGAUCUCUCCUGUCAAAUAUUCAUCAGGUCCCACCUCAUGUAAAGCAAGCAACCCUUGAAACUUUGGGAUAUUUGUGUGAAGAAGUUGUUCCAGAAGUUGUUGAGCAAGAUCAUGUAAAUAAGAUACUUACAGCGGUGGUUCAAGGCAUGAAUGCAAAUGAAGGUAACAAUGAGGUUAGGCUUUCCGCCACCCGAGCUUUGUAUAAUGCUCUCAGCUUUGCGCAAGCAAACUUUUCCAAUGAUAUGGAACGUGAUUACAUAAUGAGAGUUGUUUGUGAGGCCACUCUCUCCCCGGAGGUGAAAAUUCGCCAAGCUGCUUUUGAGUGUUUGGUCUCCAUUGGGUCAACAUAUUAUGAGAAAUUAGCACCAUACAUCCAAGACAUUUUCAAUAUCACAUCGAAGGCUGUUAAAGAAGAUGAGGAACCAGUUGCUCUUCAGGCCAUUGAGUUUUGGAGCUCAAUUUGUGAUGAGGAGAUUGAUAUUUUGGAAGAGUAUGGAGGUGAAUUUACUGCAGAUUCUGAUGUUCCGUGCUAUUACUUUAUCAAACAAGCUCUGCCUGCGCUUGUUCCUAUGCUGUUGGAGACUCUUCUCAAGCAAGAAGAAGAUCAGGAUCAGGAUGAAGGUGCUUGGAAUCUUGCCAUGGCUGGUGGAACUUGCCUUGGUCUGGUUGCCCGGACAGUGGGUGAUGAUAUUGUGCCGCUUGUUAUGCCAUUUAUUGAAGAGAAUAUAACAAAACCUGAUUGGAGGCAAAGAGAAGCUGCAACAUAUGCAUUUGGUUCCAUAUUGGAAGGUCCUUCACCUGAUAAAUUAACCCCUAUUGUCAAUGUUGCUCUAAACUUCAUGCUCACAGCAUUAACCAAUGACCCUAGUAGCCAUGUGAAGGACACAACUGCAUGGACCUUGGGUAGAAUAUUUGAAUUUCUUCAUGGUUCAACUGUGGAAACACCGAUUAUUACUCCAGCAAACUGCCAACAGAUUAUUACAGUUCUCCUCCAGAGCAUGAAAGAUGUUCCAAAUGUUGCUGAAAAAGCCUGUGGUGCUCUAUAUUUUCUCGCACAAGGUUAUGAGGACUUGGGGUCAUCAUCUGCAUUGACGCCUUAUUUUCAAGAAAUUGUUCAGUCCCUCCUUAACGUCACUCAUAGAGAAGAUGCUGGGGAGUCACGACUUCGGACUGCUGCGUACGAGACACUUAACGAAGUGGUAAGGUGCUCAACUGAGGAAACUGCCCGGUUAGUUUUGGAGCUUGUUCAAGUCAUUAUGGCAGAGCUUCACAAGACUCUCGAGGCUCAGAAUCUCUCGUCUGAUGAGCGAGAGAAGCAGAACGAAUUACAAGGCCUUCUCUGUGGGUGCUUACAGGUAAUUAUUCAGAAACUAGGGGCUUCAGACACCACUAAGUAUGCCUUCAUGCACUAUGGAGAUCAGAUCAUGAACCUUUUUAUCAGGGUUUUUGCUUGUAGAAGUGCCACUGUCCACGAGGAAGCUAUGCUUGCUAUUGGUGCAUUUGCCUAUGCAACAGGCCCCAACUUUGCAAAAUACAUGCCUGACUUUUAUAAGUACUUGGAGAUGGGUCUUCAGAAUUUUGAAGAGUACCAAGUUUGCGCUGUUACAGUUGGUGUUGUGGGUGAUAUCUGCCGGGCAUUGGAGGAUAAGAUUCUGCCUUACUGUGACGGGAUAAUGACCCAGCUCCUUAAAGACUUAUCAAGCAAUCAGCUGCACCGAUCCGUAAAGCCCCCAAUAUUUUCAUCCUUUGGGGACAUAGCACUCGCCAUUGGAGAGAAUUUUGAGAAGUACCUGAUGUAUGCAAUGCCCAUGCUCCAGAGUGCUGCGGAAUUGUCUGCUCACACAUCAGGUGCUGACGAUGAAAUGAUAGAAUAUACUAAUCUUCUUAGGAAUGGAAUUUUGGAGGCAUAUUCUGGAAUAUUCCAGGGCUUCAAGAACUCUCCUAAGACCCAGCUUCUGAUCCCGUAUGCACCACAUAUCCUUCAAUUCCUAGACAGCAUUUACAUGGAGAAAGAUAUGGAUGAUGUUGUGAUGAAAACUGCUAUUGGCGUCCUGGGCGAUUUAGCAGAUACUCUGGGUAGCAAUGCAGGUUCUUUGAUUCAGCAAUCUCUGUCAAGCAAAGACUUUUUAAAUGAAUGCUUGUCUUCAGAUGACCAUUUGAUCAAGGAAUCUGCUGAGUGGGCGAGGUUGGCCAUUAGCCGUGCCAUUUCUGUUUGAGGUUGUGUCCAUGGGGUACAUUUUAUCUAACCUGCAUGCAUAUGGUUGUGUCGAGUCGGGUCCAGAAUUGCAUUCAAUGUAUCGGGUCAUUAAUUUUCUCUGACUACAGAAGCAUUUUAUCUUCAUAUGUCACUAACUCAUGCAUCAGCAUCAUGGGAUCGGGAUCACGGUGGCUUCUCUGAACUCUCUGAAGGGCUUGAGAAGUAAAAUCUCGGGUUAAUUUAUUUUCCAUGGGAAGGAG